UCUAUGCUCACGCCCUAGUAGUCUUCCUUCCUAUUACUAUUAGUAUUAAGCAAAGGAAAAGCAAAAGCAAAAGCAACAGCAAGAGAGAGAAAGAUUUCAUUUCAGAGAGACACACAGAAAUCCCUCUUUAACAAUAACAGCCCAAAGCCCCAAAACUUUUCCAGACUCAGAAUCAAAAAAAUAUAUAUAUAUUUCAUUGGGAAUUGAUUUCCUAGGGUUUUUUUUUUUUUUUGCUUCUCUCUCGUUUUCCUCUUUCAUUUCAAUUCCCAAAUCCAACCUCAUCAUUUCCAUCUCGGACCGAUCCGACUCAGUCAUCAUUCGGUUAGUCAUUCACUACAAUUUGACAAAGAAGUUCAAAUUUUCUGUUUAUAUAUGUAUAUAUAUUCAUAGACGUAUAUAGAUAGCUAUAUAUAUAUAUAUAUAUAUAUACACACACGUUUGUGUAUAAGAUUUUAUAUAUUUGUGGAGUAUUGUGAUGCGAUUGUCUUCGUGGAAUCGAAGGAUCACUACGAAUCGGCAGUCUGGGCCUCGGCUUCGGAAGAAGCACAAGAGGCUCGAUGCCAUAUGUGAGGAGGAGUAUAAUCGGAAUCAUGUCGAAUCGAAUGAGGGUGACGGUGGAGGAGAUGGGAUGGGGGAGCUAAGGAGAAGCUCGCGGGUGCGGCGUGCCCCGGUUUUGCUGGAUGUUUCGCCCCCUCCGGCGAAGAAGAGACGGAAAAUUGGGAAUAGUGUGAUGUUUAUUGGUGAGAAGAUUGUUAAGAGUGACUCUUCGCCGGUGCAGUCUCGUGGGAGUGCGGAUCUUGGGGGUGUGGAGACUCCCGGGAGUUGGAAAUCAAGGUUGAGAUCAAGGGGGAGGAAUGUAGGUUUUGGGGUUAAGGAGGAGAGGGGUUCACCCAGUGGGAAGAGGAAACUUUUUGACGAAAAGGUUGAGAUUAGGGAGGAGGAUGAGGUGGUGGUGGUGGUGGAUGAGAAGAAAGAGGAAUUGGGAGGUGGGAAUUCUACGGUAGUGAAGUCUAAGAGACCAGGGAGGGUUAAAGUGGAAAAUGAUUUGAGGGAAGGAGAGAAAGAGAAUGAGUUGAAUGGGAUGAAGGAGAAGAGUGAUGGGGAAGAAGUGGAGGUCAUUGGUGAUAUGGGUGACGAUGAGGGUAGGUCGGUUUUGGAAAGUGGAAUGGGUGGUGGAGAUGAUAUAGAUAUUGUGGUGGAUGGUAAUGCCACAGAGUUAGUUGAGGAAGAGGAGAGAGGAACAUCUGUUGAUUUGAGGUUGGAAGAGGGAUGUGUUGGCAAUGACAAUGUGGUAACCAUGAAACUUAGUGAUAAUCAAGUAGAACAAUUAGAGUGUGGGAAGGAAGGAGAAAGUCAAAGUGAUGAUGUAGAAGUUGUUGGAAUAUUGGCAAAGGAAGGAGAAGGUCAAAAUGAUGACAUAGAAGUUGUUGGAAUAUCGGCAAACCAAGUGGAUAAUGGAGGAUCUCAUGAUGGGAACGAAGCUGAUUUGGCUAAGGUUAAUGACAUACCUUCGGAAGAUCAAAAUGCUAAGAAGGUAGAUAAGUCCAAACGUGCUUUAAGUGAUACGCUUGGCAAGCCACGUGUCAAAGAGGGUAGACGAUGUGGUUUGUGUGGGGGAGGGACUGACGGUAAACCUCCAAAGAGGUUAAUUCAAGAUACAGGUGAGAGUGAAAAUGAGGCAUACAGUGGCUCUUCAGCAUCAGAGGAGCCUAACUAUGACUUAUGGGAUGGUUUUGGAGAUGAACCUGGCUGGCUUGGCCGUCUUUUGGGUCCUAUAAAUGAUCGGUAUGGUAUUGCCGGAAUAUGGGUUCAUCAACACUGUGCUGUAUGGAGUCCAGAGGUUUAUUUUGCUGGUUUGGGAUGUUUAAAGAACGUAAGGGCUGCCCUUUGCAGAGGAAGGGCUUUAAAAUGCUCCCGCUGCGGGAGGCGAGGAGCGACUAUUGGAUGCCGGGUUGAUCGGUGUCCAAAAACGUACCACUUGCCUUGUGCACGAGCUAAAGGUUGCAUCUUUGAUCAUCGCAAAUUUCUUAUUGCCUGCACAGAUCAUCGGCGUUUUUUUCAACCUCAAGGUAAUCAAUAUCUGACCCGGAUAAAGAAAUUGAAGGCUAAGAAAAUAAAGUUGGAAAUGAGGAAGCUUUCAAAUGAUGCUGGGCGAAAGGAUAUUGAAGCAGAAGAGAAAUGGUUGGAAAAUUGUGGCGAGGAUGAAGAAUUUUUGAAACGUGAGAGCAAGAGGCUUCACCGAGACUUAUUAAGAAUUGCACCUGUGUACAUUGGAGGCUCAGAAUCAGAGAGUGGAAAAUUGUUUCAGGGUUGGGAUUCGGUUGCUGGGCUUCAAGAUGUCAUACGAUGCAUGAAGGAAGUUGUCAUAUUACCUUUGUUAUAUCCUGAGUUCUUUAAUAAUCUUGGCAUUACACCUCCUAGAGGUGUUCUUUUGCAUGGGUAUCCUGGAACAGGUAAGACUCUGGUGGUUCGAGCACUGAUAGGUGCAUGUGCUCGUGGUGAUAAACGGAUAGCAUAUUUUGCUCGCAAAGGUGCUGAUUGCUUAGGAAAAUAUGUUGGUGAUGCUGAGCGCCAGCUGAGACUCUUGUUUCAGGUUGCUGAAAGAUGUCAACCUUCUAUAAUAUUCUUUGAUGAGAUAGAUGGGUUGGCACCCUCCCGCACAAGGCAGCAGGAUCAGACUCAUAGUUCAGUUGUGUCAACAUUGCUUGCUUUAUUAGAUGGUUUAAAGUCUCGAGGUUCAGUCAUAGUAAUAGGUGCAACAAAUCGUCCAGAUGCUGUUGAUCCAGCGUUAAGGCGACCUGGGAGAUUUGAUCGGGAGAUUUAUUUUCCAUUGCCGUCAAUUGAGGACAGAGCUGCCAUUUUGUCGCUACACACUCAAAGGUGGCCAAAACCAAUUACUGGAUCCUUGCUUAAUUGGAUUGCAAAAAAUACUGCAGGUUUUGCUGGUGCUGAUCUGCAAGCUCUCUGUACUCAAGCAGCCAUUACUGCUUUGAAGAGGAAUUUCCCUUUGCAGCAAAUUUUAUCUGCAGCUGGAGAGAAAGUUUCUGGUCAUAAGCGCCUUCCUCUUCCUGCCUUUGCAGUAGAGGAGAGGGAUUGGUUAGAGGCUCUAUUGUUUUCUCCACCUCCAUGCUCUCGCAGGGAAGCAGGAAUUGCUGCUAAUGAUAUAGUAUCUGCUCCCCUUCCCAGACAUCUUGUUCCUUGUCUUCUGCAAUCAUUAUGCACUCUGCUAGUUUCCCUUUAUCAUGAUGAACGCCUAGGGCUACCAACUCCUAUUUCUAAAGCUGCUGCAAUGAUUGAAAGUGUAAUGGUUUCUGCUUUAGAUAAGAAGCAAAUGCCUACUGAUUGUUGGUGGUCCCAUCUUGAUGAUUUUAUCAAAGAAGCAGAUGUUGCAAAGGAACUAGAGAGAAAACUUUCAUAUUCAGGCAUUUUAUUUGGAGAUGCUGACUUUGCUGGUUCUGAUGUGUCUAAUGAUGACACUGUUGAUAACUUUGUACAGUUUGAACCUUCAAUAAAAUAUCAUGGUGACACUCGCUCAAGUUUGUUACAAAAUAUAUCAAUUUCAUCAGCAAAAACAUCAGGAUUCCGAUUAUUGAUUGCUGGAAGUCCCAGAUCUGGACAGAGGCAUCUUGCUUCUUGCCUUCUCCACUGCUUUGUUGGGAAUUUUGAGAUUCAAAAGAUUGAUUUGGCUACAGUUUCACAAGAAGGACAUGGAGAUGUGGUGCAGGGGAUAACACAAUUAUUAAUGAAAUGUGCUAGUGUGGGGUCAUGUGUUGUAUUUAUGCCAAGAAUUGAUUUGUGGGCUGUGGAGAAAAGUCAAGUUAUUGAGGAGAGUGAUUCCAGUUCAAAACACCAUCAGUUUCCUGAUUUCACACAUGGUCAAGCUAUUCAAAAGGAGAAUGAGUUUGGUACACAGAAAAUCAAAUCAGCAAAGAUGGAUGAUCGCCUUUGUGCUGUCCAAAGUGCUUCACAUGCCUGGAGCUCAUUUAUUGAGCAUGUGGAAUCUAUAUGCGGGUCUACAUCCUUGAUGAUUCUGGCUACUUCAGAAAUUCCAUAUACAGUACUUCCACAUAAAAUAAGGCAGUUCUUUAAGAGUCACUUAUCAAAUUGCAGUCAGUCAACUCCUUCAGAGCACACUGUCCCUCGAUUCUCUGUGCAGAUUGAUGGCAAUUUCAGCCAUGAUGAUAAGGUGAUCAAUCUUUCUGCAGAAGAGUUAUCAAAGGAUAUUCUUAGACAGCUUGUUCAGCUCAUUCAUAAAAAAUCUCACUUACAUACCAGUUCAUGCAAGGAGUAUACAACCUGUGAUUCCAUUAAAGGCUAUACAGAUAAAAUAAAUCAUAGUUCAGAUAAUGGAUCAGGUAACGUACAUGAGGCUAACUCACAAUUUCCUGAUGAGUCUUCUAUAAAAGUUCCACAACCACCCAACAAUAGAAUUUUGAAGGGGAAAUCAAGCUUGCUGUUAGCAAUUUCGACAUUUGGCUAUCAAAUUCUGCGAUAUCCUCAUUUUGCUGAACUUUGUUGGGUCACUUCAAAACUGAAAGAAGGUCCCUCUGCUGACAUAAAUGGACCUUGGAAGGGCUGGCCUUUCAAUUCUUGUAUAAUUUGUCCUAAUGACUCCUUAGAAAAGGUAGCUGUUGCUUGUGGUGCCAGCACUAUUAAAAGCAAAGAAAAAUCUGGACUAGUUAGAGGCCUUAUUGCUGUUGGUUUAUUGGCAUAUAGAGGUUCCUACACAUCACUUAGGGAAGUCUCCUUUGAGGUGCGCAAGGUUCUUGAGCUCCUAGUUGGACAGAUCAAUGAAAAGGUUCAAGCUGGAAAAGACAGAUAUCAAUUUGUUCGUAUUUUGUCGCAAGUAGCUUAUCUGGAAGAUAUGGUUAUUAGCUGGGCGUACUCACUGCAGAGUUUAGAGAUGGAUGCUCCAACAGUAGUGCAAGACCCUAUGCUAACUACUAUGGAAUCUGUAGAUAAGCACUUUACAUGUGUGGAUAAUCAAGUUCAAAGUGAGGAAUGCAGGUCAAAUGCUUGUGGCAAUAGUUGUGAUGAACCAGAAGUGCUGGAGGAAAGUCCUCAAGGAAUUGCUGCUGAAAAAAUUGAAUGUGUUGACUUGAACAAAGGAAAUGGUGAUUUAAGUUAUCCUUGCUCUGAGAAAAGGGUUGCAAUUUCCGAAAAAGGUUCUCCACAGAAAAUUGGCCACUUGGGUCAUUCAACCAUGGACGAACUUCACAAAUCUGCUGAUGCUAAUCAGUUGGUUGGUAAAAUUUUAAAUAAGCAGAAUGGGAUGAAAUCUGGACCUUAUAGAAUGGAAAAUACUGAAAGUCAUGCAUUGGUGGAUGAUAACUCUAGAUCCUCAAUACAUUCUAAUGGAUUUGCAUUCAUAGAAUCUAGUGUCCCUUCUGAGAUUGGUCUCAGUAGGUCUGGUGAAUUGGGCUCCAUGGAAGCCUGCAACCAGGUUAAUGGUUUGCCCUCAACAAGGACUGGCACUUCAUGCAGUGAUGGUAAGCCUGAUGCUGAUAAGCAAGCAGUGGAUAACAGUUUCUCCCCGAGCAACACCAGUAUUUCUGGCAAGGGGUUUGUUUGUUUGUAUCAAUGUUGCCCUGAAUGCCUAUACAACCUUCACGGUUUGAUGCAGAAAAUCCUUAUUCAUGUAUGGGGAUUAAAUGGGAGCCAUUGGACGGUAGAGGAUGUCCACGAUAUUGUUGCAUCAUUAUCUGUGGAUAUUCUUUCAGCGUUUAAAAAAGUUUACAUUUCUGAAAAUUUCAGUGGUUCAUUUGAUGGGAAACUGAAAGACAGGAGGAAUGUUGAAUGUCCAGAAAUGAGAACUUGUCAUUGUGAAAAUUCAGGAAAUAGUGGUGUCAUGCCGAUGGAAUGUAGUUGUCACUCCAUAAGCCAAAGUGCAACUACAAAAGCAAAUGCCUCCAAAAAUACUCAACUCAGGCUUGAUUCAAAAUUUCUUUUCAGAGAUGGUGUACUGGUUCAUGUAGAUCCUGGCGAGGACGUUUCCUUUCACUGUAAAUUUGAGACUUUGUGCCUAUGUUCUCUUAUAGAGUUGAUAGUAAUGACCAAGCAGCCUUUUGAUUGAUUUGAUGUUUUAACAAGCUUUGAUUGCUCUGCCAUGGCAGUGAUUGCCACUGCGACGGGAUUUAGGUGUGAAACAAUUUUCAAGAGAUGAAAAAGAAACCAAAUUUUGUCGACUGUUUCAGUGCAGUUCCUUUUCUUCUUUGAUGAGCAACGAUAGUAGGGCAGUUUCUUGCUUUUCCCCAAAACUACCUAUAGAAUUUUUGACUCAUUGCUAGAAGCUAAUCUACACGGUGUAAGUAUUAUUUUCUGUUAGGUGAUUUAUGCCUUCGUAUGUAUAAAGCUCUUAUUUCAUAUUCCCUUAUGUAUAUUUUGAUGGUAUCACCAUUUUUUUUGGGGUUAAUACAAGUGCAGCUAAUAACUGCAUGUUUACGAGA